UUGUGGUGCUGAUGGAUGUCCAAGCCAAGGGAAGAAAAGGAGGUGGAAAGGGAAAAGAAAGAGGAGCUGGAAAACAUGGCUGUUCUCAAAGUGAUGGCUCCAAGCAAAUGCAUGCACCAAAAAGCAGUGGCCAUGGACCUUCAGAGAUCACUUUUCAGCAAUUAGGCAGGAAAACAAACUACGGUGGUGAUGGCAUACCCUCUGAGGAGGCGAACCAAGGCCAAGGCAAUGCAGUUCCUCCUACUGAUGGACAUGGCGAUGCACCGCCACCGCGAGCUCCAUCUCCAAUGCUGAAUGCACCAAAAUUACCAGAUACUGAGUCUUCAGCAUUAGGCCUGAAAAAUCCAUUGGAGGAACCACCUUUACCAGAGGAGGAAAGAAGGGUGCCGAUGCGAAGGCCAGACUCCGGUGGAUCAUCGGGCAUUUGCUCCAUCAAACUCCUUGCCAAUUUUUUCCUUAUUAAGUACAAUGAGGAAGGAGUCAUCUUGCACUAUCACAUGGAUAUCCAGAGUGAAAAGCCAACCGGCACUUAUGAAACUGUGCAGAUCUCAAAGUCAUGCUUGCUGACCAUCAAGAACAAGCUAUUCAAGACCGAACCAGAGAAAUUUCCGCCGUCAAUGAUAGCCUACGACGGCGAGAGGAAUCUCUACAGUGCAGUUCAACUGCCGGCAGGGAAAUUCAGAGUGGAGGUACAUCGCCGAACAUACUACGUUGUCAUAGAAUUCAACAAGCAACUAGAACUCGGCCACCUUCGUGACCAGCCUCUCCAAAGAGAGGUCUUGCAGGGCUUAAAUGUGAUUGCUCGAGAGGCCUCGAUAUCACAUAGGAUCACCUGCGGCAGAAGCUUAUACUCCAAGACCAUCAAUCAUGCCUUCGACCUUGGCAGAGGUAUCACAGCUCUAGAGGGCUCGAAGCAAACACUCAAGUGCACCGAGCAGGGCCUGAUGCUCCGUCUGGAGCACUCCCUCAUGCCCUUCCUCAAGCCUGCACCGGUGCUCCAAUUUCUUGAGGAGAACCUGGGGAUCUCAUUUGAUGAAGGCAUGCAGCUAAACAAGCUUCAGAAGCUGGCAGUGGAGAGCGCGCUGAGGGGAUUGCAGGUUACGGUGCUUCAUCGGAGGGAGAAGCAAAAGUUCACGGUCUUCGGAUUGACGGGUUCGACUGCGAAAAACAUUGCAUUCAAGGAUGACCGUUCUGGAAAGAAGGUGAGACUUGUGGAAUACUACAGGGUUAAGCACAAGGUUGAGAUUAGAUUUCAGGGUCUUCCUUGCCUGGAUCUGAGCAAAAACCAGAUGAACUAUGUGCCCAUGGAGUUUUGUGAAUUAGCUGAAGGGCAGAUGUAUCAGAAGGAUGGCUUGCUGAGAGAGGAAGAGAGGAAAUUGAUGCAUAUGGCUUUAGCUCCUCCAAACAAAAGGAAAGAAAUGAUCCUUAGAAUGAUUGCUGCAGCAGAUGGACCUUGCAGUGGAGAGCUUGCAAAGAACUUUGAUAUAUUAGUCACCAAAGAUAUGACGCAGGUGAGAGGUCGAGUUCUCCGGCAUCCUGAUCUAAGACUCGGAAACUCCAAAGGCCAAAGCUGCAAAUUUAAAAUUCAGAAGGAAGACUGCCAAUGGAAUCUGCUCAAGAACAAGCUACUGAAAGGCCAGAAGCUGGAUCAUUGGGCGAUUAUCGACUUCAGUGCAAACCCAUCCCACCGGAAGCAACAGAGACUCAACACUGGUGCAUUCAUCCAUGACCUAGUCAGGCGGUGUCGCGAUCUAGGAAUCCAAAUCCAAGAGAGACCGCUCUUCGUGCAAAAUUCCAGCAUGGCUGUGCUCUCCAACUACAAGUGUCUCUUUGAAGAGCUAUCCAGAGCAAAACAGUCGCCUGAGGGCUACCAAGUCCAGCUUCUCAUCUGUACCAUGGCAGACCGCCACACUGGAUACGGAAGCCUCAAGCUCAUAUGCGAGACAGAGCUUGGGAUCAUGACACAAUGCUGCCUGACCUUCCAUGUCAACAACAACCAAAAGAAGGGCCGAUAUCUCGCCAACCUCGCACUUAAGAUCAAUGCCAAGCUUGGUGGAACCAGUGUCGAGCUCUUCGAUGUUCUCCCUCGCAUGAAAAACUGCCCAUUCAUGUUCAUUGGUGCAGAUGUGAACCACCCGGCGGGCUCGAACACCAACAGCCCAUCGAUCGCAGCAGUUGUUGCUACGCUCGAUUGCUCGCAAGCAAGCAGAUACGCCGCAAGCGUCCGUGCACAGCCGCACCGCGUCGAGAGGAUCGUCCACUUGGGCGAUAUGUGCAAGGAGCUCGUCGAGAUGUACUCUCGAUCUAAUGGAGUGAAACCAGAGAAGAUUAUAUAUUUCCGAGAUGGUGUCAGCGAUGGCCAAUUCGACAUGGUCCUCAAUGAGGAGCUCCAACAUCUCAAAGCAGCAAUUGAAUCAGACCAUUACUCACCAACCAUCACAGUUGUGGUCGCUCAGAAGCGCCACCACACGCGUUUGUUUCCAAGAGAUGAUGAAAAGCCAUGGAACACCAGCACUGGAAAUGUUCCUCCAGGAACCGUAGUGGACACAGGCAUUGUUGAUCAAUCUACUUUCAAUUUCUACCUAUGCAGCCAUUACGGGAGACUUGGGACGAGCAAGCCAACACACUACUAUGUGCUGCAUGACGAUAAUGGCUUCACAUCUGAUGAGCUUCAGAGACUUAUCUACAAUCUCUGCUUCACCUUUGCUCGGUGCACCAGGCCAGUUUCCCUGGUCACACCAGUCUACUACGCAGACCUCAUGGCAUAUCGAGGGCGGCUCUACUACGAAGGGAUGGCAAAUCUCAGAUCACCUGCAUCAACAACAUCAUCUACUUCAUCAUCCUCAUCAACACCAGCUUCUUUUGACCAUGUCAUCCUCCCUAAGCUGCACAGAAAUGUACAAGACAAGAUGGUCUUCUUGUAACGCAUUAAAUACGGCUUGAGUUGCCGAACAUCAUGAAAAUGAAUGAUUUAGAUGCUCCUGUUGAGGAGUGUUACUUGCAUGUACUGUCAUGUUACUUCAGGGGAAUGUGAUACAGUGCUAUGGGAGCACUCUUGGAGAUGAGGCUUGCAGCUGGUCUUUUUUAUGUCUACUUAAUCCAAGCAGAUUUAAAUUAUAGAUUCGCACGCUACUCUUAUUUUUUGUAGUUAUAACGGGUGCAAGACAAAGGUUGCAAGUCCCAGAAUGAAGAGUUGUAUUUUUUGUUUUCAUGUUUUAUUAUGGAGGGAGGGUUUAUUUAAA